GAAGGAGAGGGUAAAAGUUAGACAGAAAAAAAAAAGCAAACCAACUUGGGUGAGAAGUCUAUAAAAACUGGGUGUUGCCGAAGGUUCAUCCUAUUUGGCAGCUGCUGCCUCAUCCACAGCUUCUGAUAGAUCUAAGAGGACUCUCCUCUCUCAAACUACCUGUCACCAUGGCCCACCAGUUUCCAGCCCUCACUUCAGAACAGAAGAAGGCACUCUCAGAAACUGCCCGGCGCAUUGUUGCCAAUGGGAAGGGGAUCCUGGCUGCAGAUGAGUCCGUAGGCACCAUGGGGAACCGCCUGCAAAGGAUCAAGGUGGAGAACACGGAAGAGAACCGCCGGCAGUUCCGCGAACUCCUCUUCACUGUGGAUGGCUCCGUCAGCCAGAGCAUUGGGGGUGUGAUCCUCUUCCAUGAGACCCUCUACCAGAAGGACGGCCAGGGAAAGCUGUUCAGAGACAUCCUCAAGGAAAAAGGGAUCGUGGUGGGAAUCAAGUUAGACCAAGGAGUUGCUCCGCUUGCAGGAACAAACAAAGAAACCACCGUUCAAGGGCUUGAUGGCCUUUCUGAACGCUGUGCUCAGUAUAAGAAAGAUGGUGCUGACUUUGGGAAGUGGCGUGCUGUGCUGAAGAUUGACAACCAGUGUCCAUCCCAUCUUGCUAUCCAGGAAAACGCCAACACCCUCGCCCGCUAUGCCAGCAUCUGUCAGCAGAAUGGUCUGGUGCCCAUUGUUGAACCGGAGGUAAUUCCUGAUGGCAGCCAUGACAUGGAACACUGCCAGUAUGUUACUGAGAAGGUCCUGGCUGCUGUCUACAAGGCCCUGAAUGACCACCAUGUUUACCUGGAGGGCACCCUGCUGAAGCCCAACAUGGUGACUGCUGGACACGCCUGCACCAAGAAGUAUACUCCAGAGCAGGUGGCAAUGGCCACGGUUACAGCUCUCCACCGUACUGUUCCUGCAGCUGUUCCCGGCAUCUGCUUUUUGUCUGGUGGCAUGAGUGAAGAGGAUGCUACUCUCAACCUCAAUGCUAUCAACCUCUGCCCUCUACCAAAGCCCUGGAAGCUAAGUUUCUCUUACGGACGGGCCCUGCAGGCCAGUGCACUGGCUGCAUGGGGUGGCAAGGCUGAAAACAAGAAGGCAACGCAGGAGGCCUUUAUGAAGCGGGCCCUGGCUAACAGCCAGGCAGCCAAAGGACAGUAUGUUCACACGGGUUCUUCUGGCUCCACUUCCACCCAGUCGCUCUUCACUGCCAGCUAUACCUACUAGAACCCGAGGCUCACCAGCUUGGCUCUGGCGCUCUAGGUGUCUUGGUAGGAGGGCUGAAAGGAAACGAAAACUUUCCGACUGACCCUGGAAAUCAGGUGAAAUUAGGUUGGAAACUACUGGAAACACAACACAUGUUAAAUUCUUAGACACACGUGGAAAAAAAUCAGUUAUGGAAACAUGUCUGAAUAUCAGGGAUCUGAUGAAAUCUCACCCAGUGGUUUCCUGACAACGCUUCUAGUUCCCCACACCCCAAAGUGUCUAUCUCAGAAAAGAACAGACUUUAAAGCAGAACCAGCUCUCCAUCCAGAUCACCAAAUGAAACACCUCCCAAGCCGAGUGCAGAGAAGCACAUCUUAUUAAACAGUCUUAGCAGUGGUGGGUUAAGAAGGAGACAGCUGCAACCAAACAAAGAAAUAAAAUGUUCUACAAACCUUC